UUCUUUUUGAGACAUGACGAUCUCUGGUUCUCGUUUCAUCUAUUCCUGUUAAUCUUAUCUUUAUUUGGUUUUAGAUAUUCCAUUCUAGAUUGUUGGUUGCUUUUACUACAUCCGAUCUCUUUGUAUAUUAUAAAGAAUGGAUUUCUUUUCCUUUUCGGUGCUUAUAAUGCUUGCUAACUUGUUAAUGAUGCUCUCGGUAGAUUUAGACCUAUAGAGCUAGUAAAGGCUGUAAUCGUGUGAUUGCCUGCAAGUAUUCGAUCUUAAGGACAUUGUUGAUGGAUUGUUGCUUUAGAAAUCUCGGUUUGCCUUAAAAAUAGGUAUCUAUAGCAAUCGACCAGAAAUAAACAACGAAAUUAACUUUGCAACUAGCAGUUGAGAUGUGCAGUACUUCGUAGAAAUUAGAUUUUCAAGUAGGAUUUACUUUACUAAGCAUCGAUCGUGGUGAUCCAGAGUAGGAAUCGUAAAGAAAUGAUUAUGGUGAUGAGAUAUAGGAAAUUAAAAGGAGAGCAUUCAUGGGUUUUUCAAAUUUUUUUUACGAGAUAUUUUUGAUCAAUUAUGCGUUUAUGUUUGAGAUUGGGCAGAUAAGAUCUAAAUGAAUCAAUGAUCAUGUGCAAGGCGCUGCCUGCGGUACUAACUGGAUCAGGGGAGACCUAAGUUGGGGGAUUUCUCAUUCUGAAGAAGGGAAUGGAAAGCAUGUGGUGUUCUAGAGGUCAGGGGUUCCAACGAGCUGUUGCUUUGCCUGUAAGGAGGUUCUUUGCUCGAGAUGCUUCUACUAAGCUUUUUGUGGGAGCUACAGGCCUUUCAUAUGAUACCAAUGAAGCUGCAUUAAACGAUGCUUUCUGUCAGCAUGGUGAAAUCGUAGAAGUUAAAGUAAUAUGUGAUAGAAUAACUGGGAAGUCAAAAGGAUAUGGCUUUGUUCAAUUUUGUAUGGAAAGUGAAGCAACCAAUGCGCUGCAAAAGAUGGACGGUCAGUUGCUGGAUGGAAGAAAUAUCCGUGUGCAUUAUGCAAAAAAGGGAUGAAAGCUGCUUCUUUCAAGAUUUAUCGAUUGCGAUCUCUUAUGCAGCUUCAAAAAUCUAAGCCAACGAGAAGUUGGAAAGAAUAUUAUCAAGCAAUAAAGAUGAUAUUCAAGUUUCAAGGUAACAAACUAGUGGACAAUGCCUUUCAAAGUUAGAUCCAAGAUAGAUGAAAGAGUUCCAGCUGAGGAUGGGUACCUAAAUGCAUCAAAAGGUGGACCAAGGCCUCGUGGAAACUAAACUUCUUGAGUAAUAAUUGCAGUCCAGUCCCCAUGAACAUAUUCGGUCUCUCUUAAAUCCAAAUGAAGAAUAAAUCUCAUUUAAGUAAUUACUCGGUGGGGUAGUUUUUUUUCUGUGAGUUUUUUUCUGAAAUAGAUAUAUGAAACAUGAUUCUAUGAAAGAUGUUUUAUGGAAAACAUGAGGGCCUAUUUUUCUUAAAAUUUACUUUGUAUUUUU